AUGAGAAAAUUAUUGGAGCAAGGAUACGAAAGGUAUUACGGAUCGUUCAACGCUACAGCAAACAAAGACUUCUUGUCUCCACGAGACCCCGACGGACAUGGAUCCCACACAGCCUCUACCGCUGUUGGCCGCCGAGUCAACCGUGUAUCCGCUCUCGGCGGUUAUGCCAUGGGCUCGGCCUUAGGCGGUGCACCGUUGGCUCGUCUAGCCGUCUACAAAGCCUGUUGGGCCUAUCCCAACCAAGAAAAAGUAUUUGGAAACGUAUGUCUAGGAGAAGACAUGCUUGCGGCGUUUGAUGACGCGAUCGCUGAUGGCGUUCACGUUAUUAGCAUUUCGGUCGGGAGUUUCGAUCGUUUGCCGUAUUCGCAAGAUGGAAUCGCGAUAGGAGCGUUGCAUGCGGUUAAAAGAAAUGUUGUGGUUGUGGCUAGCGCGGGGAACUAUGGGCCGACACCUGGGACUUUGUCGAAUCCGGCACCUUGGCUUAUUACUGUCGGAGCUAGUAGCCUUGAUCGGGAUUUCAUCGGAGGACUUGUUCUUGGUAAUGGCUAUACAGUCGAGACGGAGUCGAUUACGGCAUUGAAAAUGAACAAAUUUGCACCUCUUGUUUACGCUGGUGACGUGUCUGUUCCUGGAAUUGCAUUGAACAACACAUACACAGCGCAAUGUUUACGGAAUUCACUAAAACCGGAGCUUGUGAAUGGUAAAGUGGUUUUAUGUUUAAGAGGAGCCGGUACAAGUAUCGGUAAAGGUUUAGAGGUAAAACGAGCCGGAGGAGUCGGUAUGAUUCUCGGGAAUUCUGCAGUACCUUACUCUCACUUCGUUGCAACUGCCUCUGUUACCCCCACGGUGGUCGAAAAAGUUCUCGACUACAUCAAAACUGGAAAAAACCCGACGGCUUUUAUCAUACCGGGGAAAACGGUUUACAAAUACCAACCAGCUCCUUCAAUGGCCGGGUUUUCUAGCCGCGGUCCGAACUUGGUAGACCUUAACAUUCUAAAGAACAAACCAAAACGAUGCCAACCGCCGGAUAUUACCGCACCGGGACUGAACAUACUAGCUGCAUGGAGCGGAGCGGAUUCACCGAGCAAAGUUUCGAUCGAUCAUAGAGUUGCAGAUUAUAAUUUCGACUCAGGAACUUCUAUGUCUUGUCCUCAUGUUUCUGGUGCAAUUGCUCUUCUCAAAGUUAUUCAUCCCAAAUGGAGUAGUGCUGCUCUAAGAUCUGCUCUUAUGACCACUGCUUUUAUGACCAAUGAUGAGAAGAAACCGAUCCAAGACACUAAUGGUUUACCCGCAAACCCGUUUGCGCUUGGGUCUGGACAUUUUAGACCAACAAAAGCUGAGGAUCCCGGUUUAGUCUACGACGCAUCUUACCAAGAUUACCUUCUCUAUGGUUGCUCAGCUGGUUUAACCAAUAUUGACCCGACAUUCAAAUGUCCACGUAAAAUCCCUCCCGGUUAUAAUCUCAAUUACCCGUCAAUUGCUAUCCCGAAUCUCCGCAGGAAGGUGACGGUUAAAAGAACGGUAACAAAUGUUGGAGAUGAUAACUCAACAACCACAUAUAAAUUCAGCUCUAAGCCGCCACAUGGUUUCUCGGUCAAGGCUAAACCGAGGGUGCUGACAUUUAACCGGAUUGGUCAAAAGAAGCGGUUUAAAAUCGUGAUCAGGGCACGGAGGCAUAAGAUGAUGAUGAAUGCGAGUGAAAAGGGUCAAUACCAAUUUGGAUGGUUUAAAUGGACUGACAACUACCAUGUGUAUAUAGUCUAUUUUGGAGAACAUAAAGGUGAUAAAGCCAUACAUGAAAUUGAAGAUCAUCAUCACUCUUAUCUUCAAUCUGUUAAGGAAUCCGUAGAAGACGCCAAAUCAUCGCUAUUGUACAGCUACAAACACAGCAUCAAUGGUUUCGCUGCUGAGCUAACACACGAUGAAGCCUCUAGACUAGAAAAACUGAAGGAAGUUGUAUCGGUAUUCAAGAGCAAUCCAAGAAAAUAUAAGACCCAUACGACAAGAUCAUGGGAAUUUGUAGGAUUAAAAGAUGAAGAAGGGGAUUAUCGUGGCGGCGAAGGCGAUUAUAGACGUCACAGUAAUGACGUGAAUGAUCAGUUUCAUGUUGGAAGAAAGUUUUUGAAGAAGGCAAAACAAGGCGAGGGAGUCAUAGUUGGUGUUAUCGACAAUGGGGUGUGGCCAGAAUCAAGGAGUUUCAGUGACGAAGGAAUGGGACCUAUUCCAAAAUCAUGGAAAGGAAUCUGCCAAACCGGUGUCGCUUUUAACUCUUCGCACUGCAAUCGGAAAAUUAUCGGGGCAAGGUAUUACGCAAGAGGGUACGAGAGAUAUUACGGACCGUUCGAUGCCGCAGCUAACAAAGACUUCUUGUCUCCACGAGACGCCGACGGACAUGGGACCCACACGUCUUCAACCGCUGUUGGACGCCGUGUUAGCGGUGUAUCUGCGUUCAACGGUAUUGCUAAGGGCACGGCUUCAGGCGGUGCCUCAUUGGCUCACCUAGCCGUGUACAAAGCUUGCUGGGCCAUUCCAAACGCUGACAAAAACUACGGAAACACGUGUUUCGACGAAGAUUUGUUAGCUGCGUUUGACGACGCGAUUGCUGAUGGCGUUCACGUCAUCAGUAUUUCGAUAGGAACGACUGUACCUCAACCGUAUUUAAAAGACGGAAUCGCGAUUGGAGCGUUGCAUGCGGUUAAGAGAGAUAUUGUGGUUGCGGCUAGUGCCGGUAAUGAAGGACCAGGAGCUGAAACGCUGUCGAAUCCAGCUCCAUGGGUUAUUACUGUCGGUGCUAGUAGUCUUGAUCGGUAUUUUAUCGGUCGUCUUGAACUUGGUGAUGGCUAUAAAUACGAGUCGGACUCGUUAACGACAUUAAAAAUGGACAACUUUGCUCCUCUUGUGUACGCAGCUGAUGUAGCUGUUCCAAGUGUUUCGAUGAACUAUGCACCGUAA